GGUAUACCAAACCCAAAAAAAACCGCCAUUUACAGCAUAAGGGAAACGUCUCUCGCGGAAGCCAUUAAAAGCCCGAAACAAGGCCGUACAAAUGUGCAUGAACGGUCGCGAUCUGAUCAGAGCCCCCGGUGGUGACAAAUUGCCAAGGGAAAAAAACACAAGGAAAAUCGCACGGUGAAAACAUCCGGGAUUUGGCAUCUAUGGAAACUUAGACAUGCAGACAGCCGACAGGGAGUAGUUGGCGUAAAAGACAUCUAAGAAAUAAAUGUCUGUUUCUUUUUCCUUUUGUGCGUAUGUGUUUGUUGAGGGUUGGGGUAUGAUUAUUCUUUAAUUAAAUCUUUUGAGUUGUGAUUAAGAGAUUAAUAAAUUGAAUCCUUUUUUGAAACUUAAAAAGAAGAAUUUGAUGUUAACGAUAAUUAUUGGUGGAUGGAAAUGGGUCAAUGCGCAUCUCGGGCGGCAGCGACAGGGAGGGAGAAUUGGAAUGAUUGCAGCUGCAGAGUGGUUUCCUCAGAGUCGGAGAGGAUGCGGGGGUGUCUGGCCAUGGUGAAGGAGCAGCGUUCCAGGUUCUACAUCGCCAGGAGGUGUCUUGUCAUGCUUCUUUGCUGGCAUAAAUAUGGCAAAUCUUGAUGAUUUUCGUUUUCUCUAUGUCUUUCUCUUUCCUCUUCUUCUUCUGGUUCAUUACCUUGUUAAAUUUUUCUGGACGUUCAAAUUGAAAUGUAAAGAAUUUCGAAACUUUCGAUCAGCACCACAACUCCCUUUCCCUUUUCCUUUAUCUAGUGUUUUUAUGCUGUAUGAUAAUUCAAUGAUAUGUAUGCA